CUUUUCCAAGACUGGUAGGCAUCUAUCUAGGUGUUUGCUCUCACCGACCUGCUCUAUCGGAAGGAAAACCUCUUACUGGGGUGGAGGCACUGUUUUCUGGCACAAUGCCUUCUCUCCCCAGUUCUGAUGAGCUGAUUUUCUUUGUGAAUGGAAGAAAGGUCGUGGAGAAGAGCGCUGAUCCUGAAAUGACCCUGCUGUUCUACCUGCGGAAAGUCCUCCACCUCACAGGCACCAAGUACGGCUGUGGGAGUGGAGGCUGUGGCGCCUGCACUGUCAUGGUGUCAAGAUAUGACCCCAAGACCAAGAAGAUCCGUCAUUAUCCAGUCACCGCAUGCCUGGUGCCCAUCUGUUCUCUGUAUGGGGCUGCUGUCACCACGGUGGAAGGUAUCGGAAGCAUCAAAACCAGGAUUCACCCCGUGCAGGAAAGACUUGCCAAGUGCCACGGCACACAGUGUGGCUUCUGCAGCCCAGGGAUGGCGAUGUCCAUCUACACGCUGCUGAGGAACCACCCAGAGCCGACCCCUGAGCAAAUAAUGGAAGCUCUUGGAGGUAAUUUGUGUCGCUGUACUGGAUAUCGACCAAUUAUAGAAAGUGGAAAUACUUUCUGUGCGGCAUCAACUGUCUGUCAGAUGAAAGGAUCGGGAAAAUGUUGCAUGGAUCAGGAUGAAGAAAGGUCUUCUGUGAAGGGACAGGAGAAGAUAUGUACCAAACUGUAUAAUGAAGAUGAAUUCCAGCCCUUGGAUCCAUCCCAAGAACCUAUAUUCCCUCCAGAACUGAUAAGGAUGGCGGAAGAUCCAAACAAGAGAAGGCUGACAUUUCAAGGGGAAAGGACCGCCUGGAUGACCCCUGUGACCCUCAACGACCUCCUGGAGCUGAAAGCCAAUUACCCCAAGGCCCCCCUUGUCAUGGGGAACACCACAGUGGGACCCGGCAUUAAACUCAAAGAUGAGUUCCAUCCAGUUUUCAUAUCUCCAAUUGGGCUUCCAGAACUGUAUUUUGUGGACAGCACAGACAACGGGGUGACCAUCGGCGCGGGCUACAGCCUCGCCCAGCUGAAGGAUGCCUUAAAUUUUAUUGUUUCGGAGCAACCAAAGGAGAAGACUAAGACCUACCGUGCCCUCCUGACGCAUCUGAGGACGCUUGCUGGAGUACAGAUCAGGAGUAUGGCGACUUUAGGAGGACAUGUGGUGAGCAGGCCGAAUUUUUCUGACCUAAAUCCAAUUUUAGCAGCAGGAAAUGCUACCAUCAAUCUGAUAUCUAAAGAAGGAGAACGGCAGAUUCCUUUAGACGGCCAUUUCCUUGAGAGAUUGCCUGAAGCGGACCUGAAGUCAGAAGAGAUUGUGUCAUCUGUUUACAUUCCCCACUCUACACAGUGGCACUUUGUGUCAGGCCUGCGGCUCGCCCAACGCCAGGAGAAUGCCUUCGCCAUUGUCAAUGCUGGGAUGAGUGUGAAGUUUGAAGAUGGCACAGACACAAUCAAGGACCUUAAAAUGUUCUAUGGGCGUGUUGGCCCCACUGUGGUCUCUGCAAACCAAACCUGCAAGCAGCUCAUCGGGAGGCAAUGGGAUGACCAAAUGCUGAGUGAUGCGUGCCGGUUGGUCCUGGAUGAGAUUUUCAUUCCGCCAGGAGCUGAGGGUGGCAUGGUAGAAUAUAAGCGAACCCUCAUCAUCAGCUUACUCUUCAAAUUCUACCUCAAAGUGAGGCGAGGACUGAAUAAAAUGGUAAACGACCUUUCUGAGUCUCUGGGUCCCUUGACAUUCUGAGUGGGAGUCUGCACAUGAAAGGGCUUUCCCUGCCUGCUUUCAAUAUCCAUCAAGGGUACUGAGUUUGGGGCCCUCCUCACCCUUCUUUGUUCCUCUCCUU